AUGGAUAAAUUAUACUUAACUACAAUUGAUGUUGGACAAUCUAAUAAAGAAUAUCAAAUUAAAACUGUCAAUAGAAUAGAUAAUAAUCAAUUAAAUUUAAUAACUAUGAAUGAAAUAAAUCAAUAUCAUUCAAUGAUAUUUAAUCCAUAUAUACAAUCAAUCAAUAAAGUAACCAUAUUGAAUUUACAAUACCCUAAAAUACAAAUACAGAAACGAUUAUUAAAUAUUUUACAAAAUUUAUUAUUAAUUUUCACCUUUUUACAAUUUUGUAUCAUUAUUUAUUUAAUUAAUCAAUAUGAUAUAUAUUUAAGAUUAAGAUCACCAUUAAAUGAUUUACCAAAUUAUACAGCUACACGAAUACCAUGGAUACCUGAACAAUAUAAAUUAAAAAAUCAAAUGAAUAUAAUUUGGUGGUCAAUUUUUAUGAUUUAUAUGCCAUUAAUGAUAAUAUUUUGUAAAUAUUACUUAGAGUUUAAUGAAAAUGAACUUAACAAAGAAAAGGAUAAAUGGAUAAUGAAAGGAGAUAUACGAGAAUCCCAGUCAGAACAAUCUUAUAAGAAGAUAGUAUGUGGUAAAAAAUUUCGUCAACUCAUACCAGUCUGUUGUUUUACGACAAGUACAUUUUUAUGGUUAUUCUAUCUCAUAGGUUUUUAUAACUGUUUAUAUUUUAUCCAUUACAAUUAUUGGCGCAAAGUUAUACAUAAUUGGCUUUAUCAAUUACAUAGUUUCUAUUUAUUAAAUUUAAAUGAAUCAUCUAAUGAAAUCUCACAAAUAUCAUCACUAAAAACGCAUCAUCUACUAGAUGAUGGUGAAAAUUCAUUUUUGAUCAUUGAUAUUAUUCAAAAUAUGUUUGAAUGUUGUGGAAUUGAUAAAGGCUAUAUGGAUUGGAUAUCUAAUCAUAUGAAAAGACCAUAUUUACAUACUUAUCAAAAUUUGAUGAGAAAUGUAAAUGAUUCCCAUGAAGCAAAUUAUCCCAUUGAAAUAAUAACGAAUACUAGUAAACAAUAUACUAUUACUAAUAGUAAUAAUAUUAGUUUAGUUAGCGAUAAUGAAGUAUUUCAUAAUAAAGGAUGCUUUGAACCAAUUUUAUACUUUCUUACAUCGAAAUGGAUGAAAUUACAAAUGUUAUGCCUGCUAAUAAUUAUACUCACAAUGAUUCCUCAAAUAAUCGUGAUGUUGGCAAAUAUUCAAAUGGAAGAAUUAUGGAAAGAAUUAAAAACACUAGUGAAUACAAUUAUAAACAUUACAAAGAAUGGAAUAGUGAAAUUUAUAGAAAUAACGAAAACUGGAAUAUCUCGAUUAAAAAGAUUUUUUCUCGUACAUAUUUUUAACAUAAAAAAUUAUGAAGGAUACUUUGAAAAAUUAUUAGAAUCAGAUGAAACAUUUUACUGCAAACAAUUAACUAGACAUGAAUUAGGUGCUUUUAAUCAAGAAAUAAAACUCAUUGAAACUACACUUCAAAAAUCUACAUCGAUAUUAGACCAAAAUUCUAAUCAAGAACAACAACAACAGAGUCAACAAAUCAAACGAUCAACUAGACCAGGACAAAAACGAAAUUAUUACCAGCUAACAAAUCAACAACAAGAACAACAACAACAGCAACAAAAACACCGGCAGUACUCAGUGAAAUAUGCUUCACAUGAAAAGUCUAUUAUAUUUACAAAUUUAAAUAGAAUUCCUGUAAAUAAAUUACAUAAAUCAUAUGUACAUAUUAGAUCUAAUGGAAAAUUAGAUAAAGUCAAUUCACAUUUAAAUGAACGACCAAUAUGGAAAUAUACUUAUAAAGUAUAA